AUGGUCUUGGUAACAGAUUUCUUCAAGGCCAAAAAACCGGCCGCCAAACGAGAACAACCUUCACCACCAUCUGGCGCCAGCGCCGAAGAGAUCUUGGCCUCAAUUCCUGACGCCGAAUUGCCCGACACGUCGGAUUCCCAAAAACUCUCUUUUUUUCAGUUGCAACAACGUAAGGCUCAAGCUCCUCAAGCCACCGGGUCUGUCGAUAUCCCCGAAGCAAAACCCCAUUGCUUAUCAGGACUCACGAUGGUAUUCACGGGCGUGUUGCCCAACCUCGAGCGUACAGACGCUGAGAACAUCGCCAAGCGAUACGGCGCUAAGGUGCCCAAAUCUAUUCUGGGUAAAACCAGUGUGGUGGUGAUUGGAGACGAGGCUGGGCCGUCGAAAGUGCAGAAAAUCAAAAAGAUGCACAUUAAGGCCAUUUCGGAGGAAGGGUUUCUCCAGCUCUUACGGAGCAUGCCAGCAGAUGGCGGUUCUGGUGGCGAGGCAGUGAAGGCCAAGAGGAAGAGAGAGGAAGAGGAAAGUAGAAUUAUACAAGAAGCUGAAGCCGAAGAAGAACAAGAACGAGCUCGCCAGCAACAGGCCAAGAUCCAACACGUUCCACCGUCCGUCAGCAAGCAUCUGUCACGUCUCCCGGCGGAGCCUGUUCGGGAGAUCUCCAAUGACGACAAAUUAUGGACCACCAAGUACGCACCCACGUCAACUCUUCAGCUCUGCGGCAACAAAGGCCAGGUCAACAAGUUGCGUCUGUGGUUGCUCCACUGGUUCGAUAACGCAAAGAACGACUUCAAGGACCCGGGGGCCGAUGGGCUGGGGGUUUUCCGUGCUUGUUUGAUCAGUGGUCCUCCCGGUAUAGGCAAAACCACGGCUGCGCACCUCAUCGCCGAGGACUUGGGGUUUGACGUGUUGGAGAAGAACGCAUCGGACGUGCGGUCCAAGUCUUUGUUGAACCUGGACAUCAAGAGCGUAUUGAACAACACGUCGGUGAUGGGAUUCUUCCAGAACCGACAUGCUGACGUUCACCAGGAAAACGAGAGACGCUUCUGCCUCAUUAUGGAUGAAGUCGACGGGAUGUCAUCCGGUGACCACGGCGGGGCCGGGGCGUUGUCACAGUUCUGCCGUAUCACCAAGAUGCCCAUGAUCUUGAUCUGUAACGAUAAGUCGUUACCCAAGAUGAGGACGUUUGACCGGGUAACGUACGACCUUGCGUUCAGACGCCCGAGCGAAAACGAGGUCAAGGCUCGGAUCAUGACCAUAUGCCACAGGGAGAAGAUCAAGAUCGACCCGCUGAUUAUUGGCCAGUUGGUGCAAACCACCAACAACGACAUUCGGCAGAUGAUCAAUUUGCUCUCGACCGUAUCCAAAACCCAGAAAACCAUCGGGGCCGAGCAGAGCAAGGACUUUUCCAAGUCCUGGCAGAAACAGACGGUGUUGAAGCCGUUUGACAUAGUUGGUAAGUUACUCAACGGGCAGAUCUACUCACCGCACUCCAACCACACGUUGAACGACAAAAUCGACUUGUACUUCAACGACAUCGACUUCACGCCGUUGAUGGUCCAGGAGAACUACUUGUACACACGGCCCAGUAACUGCCGUGAUGAUAGUGACCACUUGCGGCGGGUAGCCCAGGCAGCAGACGACAUUAGUGCCAGCGAUCGCAUAAACUCAUUGAUUCGGUCCAGUGAACAGCAGUGGAGUUUAUUACCGUUCCACGCGGUGAUGUCGUCGGUCAAGCCGUCGCGGGAAGUCGCAGGUAACAUCAGUCAGAGAAUCAACUUUGCCGGGUGGUUGGGGCAAAACUCCAAGCAGAUGAAGUACCAACGGCUCCUCCAAGAAUUGCAAUACCACACCCGGCUCAGAACUUCCACCGACAAAAAGGAGUUGCGGUUGGAGUACGUACCGCUCUUGGCUAAACGGCUUGCCGGGCCCAUUGUCUCCCAGGGUGAAAAUGGUAUCCAACCGUGCAUAGACGUGAUGGACUACUACUUUUUGACCCGAGAAGAUUGGGACACCAUUCUCGAUUUCGGCGUGGGUGCGGCCAAGGGCGAAGCCGUGCUCAAGAAAAUCCCCACCAAGGUCAAGACCGCCUUCACCCGUACGUAUAAUUCAUCUACUCAUCCAAUAGCCAUCUACAAGACUGGGAAUUCGGUGGGGACCACCAAGAGUACGGCCAGCACCGUGGAUUACGAGGACGUGAUUCAAGAUGACACGCUUAAGGAUGAUGAUGAUACCGAAGAAAAGGACGACUCGAAGUUCGACUCCAAGAAAGAUAAGCUUAUCAAGGAAGUCAAGCCUAAGAAGGGCGCAAAAAGACUGAAAAAAUAGUACAACUUUAGCUAGAAUAUCGGCUCGCGGUCGCGCAGCGCACAUGCAGGCACCCCUCCUUAGAGAAAAUUUCUCACGAGUGCGAAUGCGAAUUCAAUAAGACUACUUCUAGGAACCACUCGUUGCUUGUAAUUGAUCGAUAUAUUUGAUGCCAACCCUGGAAUUGACGUGUCUGUUCAAUCCAUUGUUCUUAGUUGUAUAUUGAG